AUGAAGACCAUUUCGCUCCUGAUCUCCAUCAUCGUUGGACUCUGCUCGGUUAUACUAUUCCGAGAGCCACUGCUCGACCUCGUCAGACACUCGAAAUCCUACAUCCUGAACACCAACAGCACAGCUACGCAAGACACGCAUCUGCACGCCACAGACAUGUCUGUCGCCCGAGCGAUUCGCAAGGUCUUCCUUGCCGUGGAGCAGGCCGAGGGCGCGGGCGCCCGAGUCCGCCGCUCCAUCGGCACGCCCCAGCUGAAGAACUUUUCGCCCUUUUUGAUGCUCGACCACUUCUCGAUCAAGCCCGGCGCUGGAUUUCCUGACCAUCCCCACCGCGGCCAAGAGACCAUCACGUACCUCCUGGAGGGCGCCGUCGACCACGAGGACUUUGCCGGCAACGCGGGCACCAUCGAGGCGGGCGACCUGCAGUUCAUGACGGCGGGCAAGGGCAUCAUGCACGCCGAGAUGCCGCGCCAGAACGCGGACGGCUCGGCCAACGUGGGCCUGCAGCUGUGGGUCGACCUGCCGCAGGCGCUCAAGAAGUGCGAGCCGCGGUACCGCGACCUGCGCGCCGCCGAGAUCCCGACGGCCCGCAGCGACGACGGCAAGGUCACGGUCAAGGUCAUCUCGGGCCGGAGCCACGGGGUGGACUCGGUCAAGGACCUGGCCUACACGCCCGUGUGGAUCCUCGACGUCGAGGUCCGGCCGGGCGGGAAAGUCGCGCAGCCGCUGCCGGCCGGGUGGAACGCGUUCGCGUACACGCUCGAGGGCACGGCGCUCUUCUCGAGCGGCGAGGGCGGCGAGAGGCGCGCCGUGGAGCGGUACCACAACGUCGUGUUCGAGCCCGAGGGCGAGGUCGUGCGGGCCGAGGUCGACGCCGGCGCCGAGGGCAGCGCGCGCUUCGUGCUCGUCGCCGGCACGCCGCUCGACCAGCCCGUCGUGCAGUACGGGCCCUUUGUGCUCAACACCAAGGAGGAGGUCUACCAGGCCCUCAUGGACUACCAGACGCACUCCAACGGGUUCGAGCGGGCGGACGGCUGGCAGAGCGAGAUUGGAAAGUCCAUGAAGGAGUGA